AAUAAUCACCAAUUUCCCUAUUUAAUUUCAUCCAAACAACUUCGAUACGACAUAUAUAUAAAUGAUUGAUCUAAUUUUUUUUAAAUAUUUAUUAAAAAGUCAUUCUAUCCAUAUACACACGUCCUAUGUAUAAUAUAUUUUUUAAAUUACACUUCUUUUAUUUAUUAGAUAAUAGAAAUGAUGUAUUGAGAGAAGAAAAAAAAUCAUAAUUCAUUGUGUCAUAUUGACAACAACAUUAUUGUUGAUAGUCUCGAUUAUAUCGUCUAUGGCAUGUUAGAGGAUAAAUGAAGAAAUUAUCAAGGAUAUCACGAUAAGUAGAACAAGCUAACAGAAAAAAAAAAGAAUGAUUUUAUGUUAGUAAUUGUAAGAUAUCAACAAAAGAACGACGGUAAUAACAUCACAUUGCAUAAAAGACGAGGAAAACAAGCAAGAAGAAAACCGCAGGCGCUGGUUUUUUUUAUAACGUGUGCACAUUCGUGUCCUUCUUCUUUUUUUUUCUUUUGAUAUGUAUGUGUAAUUUGUGCCAUGCACACAUUAAUGUCAAACGAAAAGAGAAAGGCAAGAAAAAAAAAAAAGGAGAAAGAGAAGGAAGAGAUGAUGAGAGAGUGCUCAGACAUUAUAAAAAGAAAAAACGAAAAGUUCUUGACUACUAAUCAUAAAGAAUGCAAAUGAGAGUUAUAUAUUUGUAUUUCUCGUAAUAUAUCAACCGAAACCCACCAGAGACGAUUGCUUUCGUCACAGAGGAUUAUCGACGUCUAUAACUGGCUGA